AUGCGAUGCAUAUACUGCCUCACCUUUCCACUUCUCUACCUGGCCACCGUUUCUAAUGGCCAGAGCGUUGAUCGGGUAUCGCCAUUGCCUCCGUCGGUCGACGCGUUCUAUCAGCCACCACCAUCGUUCGAGACAGCUUCACCGGGCACAAUUCUCCGAUCCCGAAGAGUCCCUCCUACUACUCGCGUUAAUACAACCGCAUUAGCGGAUACAUACCAACUACUUCUUCGAUCUAGAGACAGCCAAGGAGCCCCUACAGCCAUUGUAACCACAGUUUUCAUUCCACCAAACGCAGCGAGUGAUAAACUUCUAGAAAUACAGUUUGCCUACGACUCGGCGUCUGUUGACUGCAGUCCAUCGUACACGCUUUUUCAGAAUGACACAUCGUUGCCAGAAGCAAUAACCGUCAGCGCUGGUCUUCAACAAGGCUGGAACGUCGCGGUUACCGAUUACGAAGGAUUCACAGCUUCUUUCUCAAAUGGGCUAAGGGCUGGAUAUUCCAUGCUGGACGCUACUAGAGCUUGUUUAUCGUCCAAAAAUAUUACGGGAAUUGACGACAAUGCCAAGGUUGUUCUUGCCGGGACUUCGGGAGGUGCUUUGGCAAGCGAAUGGGCGCUUGAAUUGCAGGCCUCUUAUGCACCUGAACUCAAGUUUGCAGGAGCACUGCUUACAGCUUUAACGCCCAAUGCCAGCUCCGUCUUCGGCACUAUUGACGGUACGGCGGACGCUGGGCUCAUUGCUUCGGGUGUUCUUGGCCUCGCAAAGGAGUAUUUGAAUAUCUCUGACUGGUUAUCUGAGAAUCUCGUUCAAGGCGAUGCUUUGAGGCUUUCCCAAGCUGCUCACAGUUGUAUAGUGGACACGAUUUCGGUAUUCAACAAUACUGACUUUGUGCCUUUCUUCGAUGUGCCCUCUUUUCUCACUGCUACUGUGCCGAAUAGUGUCAUUCAGAAUACUGGAAUUAUGGGUUUGCACGGGGUUCCGGCAGCCCCGAUUUACAACUACAAGGGAACAGCAGACGAAGUGAGUGUCGUGGAGGACACGGAUGCACUUGUGGAAAAGUUUUGUGGUGAGGGUGCAGAUAUAGAGUACUAUCGAGCGCUAAAUGCCUCCCAUGGAUCUGCUGGCGCUCAUGGCUUCCUAGCUGGUUGGUCAUGGAUCAAUGAUAGGAUGAACGGAGUACCCGUGUUAGGAGGCUGUCAGACGUACAAUGUCACUAUCCCAACCUGA